UCGACUUGAUUCGUGAUCGGGACAUGUGGAGUGAUGGGAUGGAGGAUAUAUUGAUAGAUAUGUUGUACCAAGAAACACUAAUGGACACAAUGAGGGAAGGGAAGAUACACACGGAGACCAUAUUCGGUUUGCUGAACGGUUGCCUGUGAUUGGGCCAAAGAAUUUCAAAUCCAAUCAAGUUAAAGGCAAAAUUGCUCGUCUUAAGAGAAGGCAAUGGGAAUUUACGGAUCUAUGAAGCAAACCGGUUUGGGGUGGGACGCUGAGAGGAAGGCUCCAGUUGUCAGCAAGGAACACUUGGCGAAUGAAAUCAAGGUGAGAUCAUCAUUCAAGUAUUUCAAGACCGAGGGAUGCCCAAAGUAUGAAUACCUCUGCAUAAUCUUUGGCGUUCAGUUGCGACUAGGACACUACAUCAGGCAUCGACUGACCCGGCCCCAACUAGUGACGAUGAGCAAAUGCUUGAGGAGGAGAUGCAAAACCAUGGUUGACAGGUGGCUGAUUAUGAAGGGGCCCAUUGCAAGCAGUUGGUAUGCACGUAGUGGAUCUCGCCGAUGACGGAGGGGAGGGCCUACCCAAUCCAUUGCCCUUGAAGACCAAUUUAGUGAAUUCCUAGAGGAAAUUAAGUGUAGUGCUGCAACUAGGAGGAAGGCUGCUAAGGACGGGAGGUAUGGGAGCAUGUCCGGGAAGCUCAGCAAAAGGGCGAAUAGCAUGGAGUGUGAUGCUGCGCUUGAUCUCCAUGUCCAUUCUAUGAAGUUGCUGGAAGAAGUAGAACCUCCCUUGCCUCCAAUUUAUCAAGGCCUUCGACCGUUACUUAAUCUGGCAGUGCAUAGAUCGUUCGUGUCAAUCUCUAAUAUUUACAGGAGUCAGUGGACUUGGAGAUUGAUCUAAGUAUUAUUGAUGAGUGGUUCA